AUGGUUAUUUUUCAACGAUUAAAAGAUAGUUUCGAUUAUAAUCAAUCUUCUGAUAAUCUACAACCAGAAGGAAUAAUUGGUCGUCGUGUGUUAUCUACUAAGAAACGUUUAUGUUUGCCAUCUAAUAUUGAGAGUAAUUCCAAUACAAAUUCCAAAAAGAUAUGUUUAUUAUCAACUUCGCGUUCAUCAUUAAUAACUAAAAAGCGAAAGACAAAUAAUAAUCAAUAUGAUGUACAACAGACAAAACUAAAAAAUCUACUUAUUGACGAACUAAAAUGUUUAUUUGCUAAUCGAAAUCAAAAUAGUCAACAACAAUAUACUAAUACCAAUUCAAAAAUAAAUAUGCAGUUUCCAACACGAUCCUUAACACAAAAAUAUUCAUGUCUACAUAGAAAACAGAAAGCGAACUCUCAAUCAUCAUUUACCAGUAAGAGUAAUUAUUAA